AUGGCUGGCGAUCAUCCCGCAAAGCGCAUCAAACUAUCCUCCAGCAACCCCGUAGAACCCGACAAUAACGAAUCCUUAAAGCAGACUCCCCCUAUCCAAGGGAAGCUGGCAUCACUCCGCCGAUCCAUCACGCCCCCAUCUCCACCAUCCCGGAGAUCCCAAAGGAGAUCCCAAUCGCAGUCUGUGCCGCCUGCUCAGCCUACAGAAGAAAGCAACCCAAAACAGCGUGUGCUACCUUCCCCAUUCCAGCUAACGCAUAUCCGCGAUCUCGCCGCGUCUUCAGACAACAACGUAGACACGGUGCGACUGCGCGAUGUGCUCGGGGAUCCGUUGAUCCGCGAAUGCUGGCAGUUCAACUACCUGCACGAUGUGGAUUUCAUCAUGAGCCAGUUCGACGAGGAUGUACGGCGUCUGGUGAAGGUGAAGGUUGUGCAUGGGUCUUGGAAACGGGAUGCGCCGAAUCGGGUGCGCAUUGAUGAAGCGUGUUCGCGAUACCCGAAUGUGGAGGCUAUUGUGGCGUACAUGCCAGAGGCCUUUGGUACGCAUCAUUCGAAGAUGAUGGUUCUGCUGAGACAUGAUGAUCUGGCGCAGGUCGUCGUUCAUACGGCCAAUAUGAUCCCCGGUGACUGGGCUAAUAUGUCUCAGGCGGUUUGGAGGUCGCCUCUACUGCCGCUGCUAAAGACGGAUGGUCUGGAAGAAGAAGACCUAGCCUUGGGUAGCGGUGCACGGUUUAAGAGAGACCUACUGGCUUAUCUGGGUGAGUAUGGCCCGAAAAAGACAGGCCCGCUGGUCAACCAGCUUAGGCAGUACGACUUUGGAGCUAUUCGUGCCGCACUGGUAGCUAGUGUGCCGUCGAAGCAGAAGAUCAACGAUCUCGACUCGCAGAAGAAGACGCUAUGGGGUUGGCCUGCGUUGAAGGAUAUCACAAGCCGCAUCUCUCCGGCUCAGAAUAGCAGUAAAGCUACUACACCACAUAUUGUUACUCAGAUAUCCUCCGUUGCUACACUGGGCCAGACAGAUAAGUGGCUGAAAGAUGUCCUGUUUGCAUCCCUUUCGCCAGCAUCGGCAUCUACUCGACAACCCAAGUAUUCUAUCAUUUUCCCUACGGCUGAUGAGAUUCGCCGUUCCCUGAACGGUUACGGCUCCGGGGGGUCAAUCCACAUGAAACUCCAAAGCGCAGCGCAGCAAAAACAACUGCAGUACAUGCGGCCGUACCUUCGACACUGGGCGGGUGAUCAUGACGCGGCAGAGCCGAGUCCUACAUCCAAACAAGACGCAGGCCGUCGUCGAGCCGCGCCACAUAUCAAAACAUAUAUUCGGUUCUCUGAUGCUGAGAAAAUGGACACCAUCGACUGGGCAAUGGUCACCUCAGCGAACCUCUCUACACAGGCAUGGGGAGCAGCUGUCAACACUGCAGGGGAGGUAAGGAUCUGCAGCUGGGAGAUAGGGGUCAUGGUAUGGCCGCAACUAUACGUGGAGGACGCCGAGUCCGCCACCAUGGUCCCCAGUUUCAAACGCGACACUCCCGAAUCUCUUGCAAACAAAGACAACACACAAACAACAGACACAGUAAUCGGCCUGCGCAUGCCCUACGACCUCCCCCUAACACCCUACACAGCCCACGACACGCCCUGGUGCGCAACAGCGCAACACUCCGAACCCGACUGGCUCGGCCAAACAUGGACACUCGACUAG